CCCCUUUCUUCCUUUCCCCCCUAUUCCCAAAAUACUUCCUUGUUAAGCAUCUUCUUGAUAUAUUUUUUUUAAGAAAAAAAUAUAAUAUGGAGAAGAAAAUGGCUAAUUUUCCUAGUAGAGAUAUGAAGAAAAGUCCAUCUUUAUUGGCUUUGGAAGAGCUUGUUUAUCAUAACAAAUUAUUUUAUGGAGAAGAUGCAAAAAUUGGUGAUGUUUUUGGAGGAAAUGAUCAUCAACAAAAUAUCAAUAAUAAUAAUAACAAUAAUAUUAAUCAUCAUGAUCAUAACAACAAUAAUGGUCAUCAUCAUGCUCAACUUUUUGAUGAUAUUUGUUCUAUUGCUCCUAUGAGUAAUCAGGAUAUGUUAAGUGAUUUCUCAAAUUGUGCAUUGCCAGAAAGGCCCCUUUGGUCUCCAAAUAUUACUCCCAAGCAGUCCAGUAUUUCUGUAACUGGGGAUUCACAAUCUUCAAUAUGUGCAGGAAGUCCAACACCAACUAUUAUUAUGCCCAAAAUGAGAGACAAUAAAGCUAUGGGGGCCACUAGUGGGUCCUACCAGUCUGAUGAUGAUGACCUGGAGGGUGAUGUGGACCCAUGCGAAGAAAGCACGGACCCCUUGGAUAUUAAACGUAUAAGAAGGCAAGCCUCUAAUAGGGAGUCGGCACGGCGUUCAAGAAGAAGAAAACAAGCUCAUUUAGCAGAUCUUGAAAGUCAGGUUGAUCAAUUUAGAGGUGAAAAUGAAUCAUUGUUUAAGCAAUUAGCAGAUGCUACACAACAAUAUAAAGAUUCUUUGACAAAUAAUAGAGUGCUCAAGUCAAAUGUGGAAGAAUUAAGAGCCAAAGUGAAAUUGGCUGAGGUUAGGGCAGCUAGAGGUACAGUAUCCUCAAGUUUAAGUCAUCUUUUCCUAAAUUACUUGACCCCUCCUCAAUCUCUUGUUACCAAUAAUAAUAAUAAUAAUAUUACUAUGUGUCGUCUCGAUAAUGUCUCU